CACAAAUAUCACCAAUUGGAAUAAAAGAAAAGAGAAGACUAAAGAAAAAAUUUUUGCCCUUUUUUCCCCCUCUUUGAUAGUAAUGAAUAAUUAUCAAACAUUUAUAGAGCAGCCAAAGAAUGACCAGUUCAUGAUGAAUAAUGGCUAUAAUCCAAAGCAACAGGAAUCAUGGCAAUCAAAUAUAAAAGAUGGUGAAUUAGUCACUAAUCCCGUUGCCUGCGAUUUAAGAGAUAUCAUUCUUUAUUACCAGUCUCAACCAGAUUUAUUGAAAUUAAUUUUAAUGAGUAAAGUAGAAGAAGAUAAAAGAAGGGCAGAGGAAGCAAAACUGAGAGCAAAAGAAUUAGAUUUGAUGCUUUACGAGCACCAUCAACAACAACAACAACAACAACAACAGGCAUUUCCCCAACCACAACAACAUCAGCAUAUCCUCCAAUCAACAUUCGAUAACAGAAGGCCAAGUGCUAUUGAUUUAUUAUUUGACGACAAUGAUUGUGACAGAAGAGAUUCUGCCCUUGGUUCUUCCUUUGAUGGUAGUUCAAAUUCGAACGAUGAAUUAGACGACCGAGGCACCUUUUCCCCAAACUCUAAUUCAUCCUCGGCUGCUGCCGCUGCUGCUGCAUCCAUCCUUUCAUUAGGAUUUCCUCCGCAACAACAAGCGAUGAUGACAACGAAUCAAAAAAAUGCGCUCCAUCCGUUAUCACCCCCUUUCCAUUUCGGACAAGAUCAACAGCAACAGCAGAUAUCGUAUCAGAUGAACAAGUUAGAACACCGUUCUUCCUUUUCUAGUCGUUACGAACCUUCCUUUUUGCCCCCAAAAUCUAGACGUAGACGUGAGAUGCAGGCCAUCUCAAAAAUCGUGGAGACAAGAGAAAAUCCAUAUAAUGAUGGAUAUUUUUGGAAGAACAACGGCAACACCAUUCAGAAAAAGACAGGUAAUAAGAGCAUUUACUAUAAAUGCUCCAAUAGCACAAAGGGUUGUCCAGUGAAUAAGACGGUAACUGCCAAAGAGAAUGGAGAGUACCUGAUUAAGUAUAGAGGCGAGCAUUUACCUGAUUGUGGCAAAGUACAACGUAUUGUUGACAUGUAAACAAUGAUUCCCCCACCCCUCUCUUUCUCUUUUCUCUUUUUUCCUGUACUGUAAAUAGCCUAAAUCUUUUUGUCUCUCUGUGUGCCCAUGUAAUAAAAAACAAAAAAUAAAGAAACGGUUGCUGGGUUUCCGUUGCCUAG